CAUAAACGUCAUAAUCAGAAAUUGCUAUGGCUAAUGGCUAUGGAAUAGGAAUUCAAGCUCUAGUAAAACGAAAUAAAUAUGUUUCUAAUAACUAAGAGAGGCCGUAGGAUAGGGAAGUUUAAUUAGACAUUAUGUUGAUGUAUAGUAAAGUUUUAAUUAUAAUAUUAACUGAAUAUUUUUUGAGUAAAAAAUUUAAAACCAACUAAUUUUGCUGUAAUCAAUUAAAUUUGAAUUAACCUCCUCGUAUACUGCAAAUUUUUCACAUUUCUGAUGGUUUUUAGAAAGUUGUUUGCUAAAAGUUACAGUUAUGUUCAAGUAGCAUUUGGCGGGAAAAACUUAUUUUAUACUAAUGUGUUAUUAUCUAUGAGCAUUUCUGCAGUAGGGGAUUUAUUGGAACAAAGUUACCAAAUAUUACAUAAUAUGCAACAGUUGGGUGUAACGUGGAGGAAACUAGCUUCCAAUCUUCGCAGAUCACAACCCAUUUCAUAUUUAAGGAGAACAGUAAAAGUAGCGUUUAGUGACAAAUAUUUAUUUUACACAAAUGUAACAAUAUCUGUAAGCUUAUCAUCAGUUGGUGAUUUGUUACAACAAUCGUAUGAAAUAUAUACUAAAGAACAAAAUAAUUAUGACUUUAAAAGGACCAUGCACAUGGCAUUUUCUGGUGCUGCAGUUGGUGUCCUAUGUCAUCAUUGGUAUAAAAUAUUAGAUAAAAUUAUAAUAGGUAAAACAACAGAUAUGGUAAUUAAGAAGCUAUUGUUAGAUCAAUUAAUAUUUUCACCAAUCAUGAUAACUACGUUCUUUGGUAGUGUUGCCAUUUUUGAAGAUAAUCCGUUAGAAAAUUUUAAAGAAGAAGUUAAAGAUAAAUUUGUAACAUUGUAUAGAGCCGAGUGGAUGGUUUGGCCGCCGGCGCAACUUAUUAAUUUCUAUUUUUUGCCGACCCGAUUUAGAGUAUUGUAUGAUAAUACUAUAUCAUUAGGAUAUGAUGUGUAUACCUCACAAGUAAAGCAUAGUAAACAAUUAAAAUCUGUUUCUACUGAUUUAAAAUUAAAGGAAACACAUUGAUAUAAUACAU